CAGGAAUAUUGCAGGAAAAAACACGCUCGCUGAAAUACUAUGGAAUGUUCUGAAAAACGUCAAGAAUAAUUGUGAAAAAUUGCACUUAUUCGGGGAUUUUAGUUCCAAAGGUUGUGUUGUGUUGUGCCGGGGAAACAUAGUAUACGAUCAUACCGUUAAAAUGGGUGUUUUGCAAUAUUUUGAAAACAGUCUAACUAACUGGUCAUUCGGUUUGUUUAUUCUGAUAGGUUUGGUAGCGUCCGAAUAUUCAGGAGCUGAAACUUUUAUAUGCAUCUUAGUGGCAGCUAUUACAUCAAUACUUUCAGGUUUGUGUCACUCAUCCUCAAGAGAGUCACAAGAACAAUAUAGAAAAAAGAAAUUUUCCGAUGUCCUCGAUUUCCUUAUCUUGUGGCUAGAUAUUCUUAUGAAUUUAGUGGCAACCGCUACUUGCGCCAGAUUAGCAAGCGCCACUGUUGACUAUAUAAGUAAAGGCCACUUUAGGGAGUUUCUUUUUGGCAUGGAACAGCAUUCUUUAGGAGAGCCUUGGCCAGAUGUCUUGGGUGUUACCAUAAUAGUUAUAGUAACAAUCUUAUUUAUGAUGGGUUUAGAAAAAUCAUCAGCUAUAUCAAUUCUAAUAAUAAUAACUUUAUUAUCUACUUUUAUAUUUUUUAACGUUGUUGGAAGUAUUCAUACUGUGAUAAAAUUCCGUAAAUGGUGCGAAAAUUUUAAAGUGCAUUCUUUUAGAAAGGUUUUACGAGCGGCAGCUAAAUGUAUUUUUGCAUUUGUACAUGUUUUUCCUAGAUUACAAGACAACAACUACAUAAAAAUGUCUGCAAUAAUCUUUACUCCUUUAAUAUUGUACACAUCAACUGCAAUAAUAUUUUCUAUGAUGAUUCAUCGCAAAGAACUUAUCGGCACCGCUAUUCCUUUGGUGCAAAUUUUCGAAAGUCGGGACGUCGAUUGGGCUCGACCCGUCAUGGCGGCAUCAACAAUUUUCGUCGUUUGUCUAAUUUUAACAGAAAUAUUACCCACAGUUUACAAUUCCUUCGUCAAACUGGCGAGUAAAGAGUGGCGAAUAUUUGUUCCUUUAAUACAAUAUAGGACGUCAACUACGGGCGCACCUAUUUUAGCCAUUUUCGCUGCAGGAAGUCUUUCGGCGAUACUGGCUUUUGCUUGUCCGUUGUCGCAUCUUAUAAAACUUCUAAAUACUGCUGGGCUGUUGAAGUGCGCUUUGAUAUCUUGCAAACUUAUCUAUAAUAGAUACAAGCCGGAUAUCAAUUACGAUUAUUUAGUUCACAAUACAAGCGUUCAAUACAGUAAAUUACAGGGAAAUUCCAGUAACUUAUCCAUGCAAGAUACCUUAAGCUGGUCUUUGAUUAAAGAAAAACUUCGUAAUUGGUUCAAAAGAAAGCCUUACUAUAUUCACCAUCUCAGUUCGCCGAAAGCUCUAAUUACCCAAAAACUCUCUUCAGGGAGAAACAAAAAAAUUGAAGAACGAGAGUGUCUUCUACUUGAUGAUUACAAUACAAGAGCUAUAAAUUUGGAUGCCGCUGAUGAUAGUUCUUCAGAACUCGGUGAUGAUUCAUUAGCUGCCACUGAUGAUGAAAAUUCCAGUUCAUCUACAGACGUUGACAUCGUCGUUGAAGAAUAUAAAGAAGGUUUGAAAGUUGCAACAGUUGGUAAAUUCAACGAGAAAAAAAGAUCUACAAGAUUUACUUCAACUGUAGUUACUUUCUGCCUAAUAUUAGCGAUUGUAUCAUCGAUUUGUCUGGCUCUGUAUGUCGAAAGAGUCUACAGUAUUUAUUGGCCUAGUUUUGUAGGUCUAAUCAUAUCAGCAGUAGUAAUAACAGCAAUGCCCCAAAACGGGGCAGAUAAAUCAAAAGAAGCAAUCCUACCGUCCAUACUGUUUCCUUUUUUUAAUAUAACCUCGAUGGCGUUAAAUAUUAUUCUGGCAUCUACGAUUUUUAUAGAUAUAUGGCAAGGCAUCAUUUUCUGGUCAUUAGCAGGGCUACUAUUAUUCUGGAGAUGCGAUUGUUGCACGUGCGAAGGUCUUUUUAGGAGCCCUAAAGUUCAUAAUCAAGUCAAUAUUACUCCCAAUACAUCAAUGAACGUUGAAUGCAAUUUCAAGGAGAAUAUUCCAGGUCCCGUGACAGAUACAGUUUACAUCACCAGAUGACACAACGAUAAUUUGGAUGAUGAGUUGCUAGUUUCGGAUUCCGAGGAAGAUAUUUAGAUAAUUAUAUUGCAUAAUGAGAUUUGGUAUGUAUUGUUAAUGAAAAAUAUGGCGGUUCGUAGUAGGUAAGUGAGCUUAUAUUAUACGUAUAAGCUGGAAGACAAUAAAUAUUUGUUUGUGGAAAAAAUUUGUUUCAAUUAAUCAGUUUUGCUAGCUUCAGUUUGUUCGGCUUGUAAUUAUAGCCGUAUAGUUAGUGAAAAGGGCAAGCAUAUAAAACUCCACAAACAAAUCAAAUAUCUCACUAGGAAAUAAUGCAAAUGCAUUUUUUGAUUAUCAUUUUGAAUUAAAGCAUAUUUAACCGUUGUAAUCGCAGUCUUCAUUUUUUGUUCAUGUGCUUACUCCUAGUGAGAUUGAUAUAAGAAAAACGGGCUUAAUAUAUAGAAUCGUCUAAUAAAUGCAAUUUGUUGGAGUUUAAAAAUGUGAUGUGUUUUAUAUACAGUAGUUUCACAUUUAUUAAUAAAUAAAAUGUUACCUGAUAAUUAAUAAAUAAUUGACUACUAUAUUUAUCUUUUGUGAAAUAAAGUUUGCUUUAUUU